AUGUUUAGUAUUGAUAAAGAAGAAUUUCGUGAUUGGCUUUCAAAUCCUGCUAAUCGACUGGAUCGAUAUAAAUAUGAUGUUACUUCUUACGAUGGUUACCAAUCGACGGCUGAUAAAUAUGCUUCAUAUGGAUAUGCAGUAACAUCUGGUCGAUGGUCUUCUGAUACGGCGAUUAAUACAACUACUACAGAAGAAACGAAUGAAUAUCUUAGAAGAUCGAAUAGUGGUCUUUUUAUCGAUCAUAAUCCACGAAUCAUUCGACGAGAAGCAGUUGAAGGUCCAGUAACACUAGAACAACGAGUUGUUGUUCGAUAUCUUCAACCACCACCGGUUCCAGAACCAGGACCACUCAUUAUUAAAGAAGUGCGUCCACCACAACCAUCGCCACCUGCACCAUUUGUCAUACGCGAACAUGCACGACCUCUUGCUUCACCACCUCCACUUGUCUUACGUGAACGGCCACCAACACCGCCGCCAUAUAUUCCCAGUGAAACAAGUUAA